GUAGACCAGUAGUGCAAGGUACAAGGGUGGAGCAUGACUUCACCUAUCUUGGAAUAUCCUUUUAAGAUUAAAACGAGUAUAAAAUCAUGCUCACCUAAUACAGGAUAAUACGCUUUUGACCGAGGAUUGUACGCCAAACAGCAUCAGAUGGCGGGACUGUCGUAUCUGGUACUCCGAUUUUCGGGAUCCGCUGGUCGGACUUACGGGGUCUUUUCUAAGGGACUAACGAGGACUUUGUUGAUAUUUUUUGAUCUUGCAUGGAGACUCCGAAUCAGAUUCCCAUAUCUCUACCUCAUUGCCUCGAUGAUGUUUAAUGUGCGCUUACAGGUAAAAGUUUGA